UCGUGAACGGUACGGUAACGCAUUUUCUAUAAAACGACAAUCUUAACGCAGAUUUAAUAUAUUUAAUGAAAAAAUUCAUGCUACAAACAUGAGUAAACAAGAGAAUAAAAUGUCUCCCGCCAAAGAAGCGGCAGAUACUAGUUUAAAUUUCUCCAAGAAAACGUUACAAGAUUACGAAGUGAUAUCGGUUAUUGGCAAUGGAGCCUUUGGUACUUGUUUUAAGGUACGCGACAAAGAAAAUGGUAAUCUAUAUGCCUGGAAGGGCAUGGAUUAUGAUGAAUUAAGUGAAAAUCAAAAAGAAUCUCUAGUAUCGGAAAUAAGAGUUUUAAGACAACUACAACAUCCUAAUAUAGUGCAAUACUAUCAUCAUUUGGUCAACUAUGAAGCUAAAUCUAUAUUUAUUGUAAUGGAAUGCUGUGAGGGAGGAGAUCUAUCGCAGUUAAUAGCUAAGGCGAAGGCGGAAAAUAAACGUUUCGAGGAACGUUAUAUAUGGCGGGUACUUUUUCAAGUCUGUCGGGCUUUGCAAGUGUGUCACAAUAAAAUUAAGGAGGGUACUAUUUUACAUCGUGACAUCAAGCCGGCUAAUAUAUUUUUGGAUAUGGAAGGCAAUGCUAAAUUGGGCGAUUUUGGUUUAGCUCGUAUGCUAAGACGUAAUGAAUCAUUUGCUGAAACUUUCGUGGGUACUCCCUACUACAUGAGUCCCGAAAUUGUUAAGGGUUCUAAAUAUGAUCGCAAAUCUGAUGUUUGGGCUGUAGGUUGCCUGAUUUAUGAAAUGUGCUCUUUAAGGCCACCCUUCAAAGGCAAAGAAUUCAACCAGUUAUCGGCCAAUAUAUCGAUAGGAAAAUUUAGCAGCAUACCUGAUAUAUACUCACAAGAUCUGCAAGAAAUCAUAGCUUUCAUGUUGGAAGUAGAAAAUGAACAGAGACCCAGCAUAGAGGUUAUAUCAAGACAUCCAAUUCUUGUGCGCAACAUUAGUGAAUUGGGUAAUGAAUUUCCCAUUUUAGUGGAUAUAGAAAUACAACAUCAAGAUUUUUAUGUAGAAUCUGAUUUACGCAGUAAAUCAGAUUACAGUCCUUUGCGUGAUUUUUCGAGUACAAUGUUUUCGGAACAGAAUAGCUUUAAUGAAGGCUAUGGUCAAAGACGUUUAAGUAUCACUGGUGUUUUUACACCCGAUUUAAAAGCUGAAUUAUUUUAUUCGGCAAAACGUAAAAUAUUUCCUUUUAAUUCAAAAUUACAACUUUCCGAUCCAGAGUUAUAUGAAAGUAUAAGACGUGAGGAAUAUGCUACCAUAGAUGAUACACUGAAGCCCUCCAAUUUUAAAGCAGUAAAUAGAAAGCAAGAAAUCCCCGAAGUGGAAAAGUUAUAUCAACCAGAUUUGGUAACACGCAAUGUUUUCGACGAUGUAUUGCAAGAAAGACUACAGGCCAUAAGGGCGCACGAAUCUUUACUAAGGCAAAGGGAAGAAAAUCUAAAUGCUCGUGAACAGCUACUAAACGAAAAAGAAAAACGUUUAAUAGCAUUCGAGCAAAGUUUGGUUUCAAAAUGUCAGUUAUUUAAAGAGGAAAGUAGUAGUAUGAAAACCAAUUCCUUUACAAGACCCUCCAGCGUUAAUGAGAGGUUGCGUAUGCCACUACAGGAAGACAAAUCCAAUUUACCUAAUUUGCCACCUCCCAUUCCACCCCGAAAACCAACUAAACAUGAUGAAACCUACUGCACCAUAGAACCCAGUGAUACGACUUUACUUCACCAGCCCACAGUGGCUAAAUUAAAUAUGGCUGCUUUACCAGCUGUCAAAGCUUUUCCCACAUUACGUAAAGUUACCUUUCAAUCACCCAAAAAGUUCAUUACUUACGAUAUUGACAACAAAACCAGCAAGCUUUUAACUGCGACAACAGCUGUAAACAAUCCUACACAUAUGCACUCCAGUACAUCAAGCAAAAGUAGUGAAGAUUCAUCAGAAAGUACAGCAACUUCAUCAUCUUCGUCCUCAUCAACAUCGAACACAAAACGUAAAUCUAUACUCUCGAUUUUUGGUUUAAGUCGCAAUAAUAAGGAAACUACCUCAUCAACAACCAGCUCCUCAUCAUCUUCGGCAAAAACAGCACCAACCAGCACAAACAUCAAAGAACAAAAAGAUCACCAACGCAUACAAACGAAAGAAGAACGUGUCAUUUCCAAAUGUGAAACUGCCGAAUUGACCAACAUUUGGACUAAGGAACAUAAAAAGGCCGCCUUUGAAAUGUUAGCCGCCAUGAAUGCGGCCGAACGUUCCACUGAUGGCUAUUUAAGUAAUGCUCCACGUCAUAAAAUACGUCAAUCUGUACGAGAUCGUAAUACCUUACAACGUACUCGUUUACGACGUUCACUAAUGGCACCACCACGACUACCAAUCGGUAAUCAAAGAGAACAAAUUGUAAUUUAAUUUAACUUUUUGGAGCUUUGUUGUUCUUUUGCGGAAUUAAAAUUGUCUUUUUAAAAGAAAUUGCAUGUGAUGAGGAAUAUGUUCCAAUAGGAUUUAAACUGAAACAGUAUUUUAAAUAUUAACUAGCUAUAAGUUAUUUUUUUAGUUUAAAUUAAGUUAAUAACACAUUAUGGUGAAUAAAUUAAAAGUUUCAUAAAAAAUCAAAUUAAU